AAUUGGCGGUGUUUGAAAAGUGGGGGCGGAGCCGGAAGAUGAGAGGCCGCUCUCUGCUCUGUCUGUCCCUCUGACGUUGUCCCCUCCCCUUGUCUCUCUCUCUCUCUCUCUCUCUGUCUCUCUGCGCCCUUUUCGGGCAGGUCGGGGCGCUGUGUAUAAAAGGAGACAGCAGCAGUCGGUGUGUCAUUGAGCAGCGACUUGAGUGAAGCAGCAUCAUGUCUGGUAGAGGGAAAGGAGGCAAAGGACUGGGCAAAGGCGGAGCCAAGCGGCACCGUAAAGUGCUCCGUGAUAACAUCCAGGGCAUCACCAAACCAGCCAUCCGGCGCCUGGCUCGGCGCGGCGGCGUCAAGCGCAUCUCGGGUCUGAUCUACGAGGAGACCCGUGGGGUGCUGAAGGUUUUCCUGGAGAAUGUGAUCAGGGACGCGGUCACCUACACCGAGCACGCCAAGCGCAAGACGGUGACUGCCAUGGAUGUGGUGUACGCUCUGAAACGCCAGGGCCGCACUCUCUAUGGCUUCGGCGGCUGAAGAACUGGCCCCUUUCUCUCGAGCACAACACAAAGGCUCUUGUAAGAGCCACCCACCGCCUCACAGAGGGAGCAGUGACCCGGCAGCAUGAGUCGAUGGAAACUUUAAUUAUUUGAUUUUGGUUAAUGCAUUUGUUGAUAUGUUGGGGGUUCAAUAUCGAGUUCACGGUAGAUUCCUGUGAUCAUUUUAAACUGCACCUUCGGCUUUGUUCUCGCAAAGCUCUUUGUGAAUGCAGUAAAAUUAAUAUUGGUCCCAAUCCUGUUCUCCGUCUCCCGCAGACUGAACUCCGACAGCUCGGGAAGCGAUUGAGCAAAUGUGCUGCAUACAUUCAUAUUCAGCUCAUU